GUAUCCUUUAACCAUUCUAUUGGACUUAUUAUUAUUGCCAACCUUGAAAUGGAGCGAAGUUCGCAGAGCAAGUGGGAAGGCAAGGUUUCCUCCAAGUCAACGGAAGCAACGGCCGAUCAAAUAUGGUCUCUUUACAAGGACUUCUUCAAUCUGCACAAAUAUUUCCCCAAGCUCGCAUCCUGCUAUGGCAUCCACGGUAGUAACGGUGAGCCUGGUUGCAUCCGAUAUUGUGACAGUUUCUCGAUUUCUUUGUCAUCCGACGACGUCGGCCUCAACGAGCGACCAAUUAGCUGGGCUAAGGAGAGAUUGAUAGCUGUUGAUGAUGUAGAACGCACCUUAAGUUAUGAGAUAAUUGAAAGCAAUAUCGGUUUCAAUUCGUACGUUGCGACGGUCAAGAUUGUUCAAGGGGAUGAAGUUGGGUGUGUGAUUGAGUUCUUGUUCACCGUUGAUCCAGUGGAAGGGUGUGAAUUUGAAGACUUAGUGAACAUGUAUAAAUUGGCGCUGCAGUCAAUUAUCCAAAAAAUGGAGGAAUCAAUUGCAAUUACUAAAAACUUUUAAACCAGCCGUAUGUAGUGUUGCGUUUGCAUGCCUUGCACUUGUUGUCUUUAGUUUCUAUGCCCUCUGCCUGCUUUGUUUUAGAUAGUUUUUAUGUAGUUACUGUCUUGGUUCUUGGGUCCUGUCCCAUUGCAUCCAACCUUGUUCUAGGCCAUCUCAUAAGAUGCCCUAUUGUUUUUUUUUGUCUUCUUUGGUUUAAUAUAUUAUGGGUUAUCAAAAAAAAUGUAGUGUUGCGUUUGGAAUCUUUUCUUUUUAUGGUUUUUUUAUGGGAGAAUCUUUUUGUUAGUUGUC